AUGACAUCAGUGUGCACUGUUGAGCUUGUAGAUGCAAGCUAAUGCUGUGCGGCCAAUCCUUAUUUUAUUAUUUAAAAUGUUUUUGUAGGGAUCCCAAAGUUUCCAAACAUGCCAAAUAUGUUUGUUAAGAAUUUAUUUGGAAGACAGGUAUUGGAGUGAAAGGAGCCUUAAAAUUUUAAAUGAAACUGCAAUCUCACUUUGUUUUGUAAGGGCCUUUGAGGUUAAGCGCGUGUUGGCGAGAACGCACAUUUACCGCCGUGUGUGUGCUGUCCACGUGAUGCCAGGUCGCGUGAUGUAACAUGCGAGGCACCGCCCCCCAGCGCGAGAUGACUAAAAAUGUGUCCAGCGCGCGCUGCGCAGCAUCUCAGCAACUGCACAGCAAGAUGUCGGGCGACAGUGGCAUCCACCAAGAGCCAAGGAGAGAAGGAUCAGCAAGAGUGCAUCGUGGUGGAAGCUGUGCCGGCUGAGGUCAUCAACCAGACCACACAUGUUACAAACACGCAGUUAAAUAAAAUCCACAUUGACUUCGACAACACCGAGGAGGCCUACAAAAGCAAAGGUAACAUUGAACUGCUGCGAAGUCUGCUGGUGUUCAAGCUCUGUACAAUUGACGUCCUUGUUGAAAAGAACAAAGAGUUGAUGGUCCUGAGUAAGAAGUUGUUUGGUCAGUGGAUGUUUGAGAAGCUGAUGAAGAUGACCUUCUAUGGUCAGUUUGUGGCAGGGGAGGACCACAACUCCAUCAAACCUUUGAUUCAGAAGAAUCAGGCUUUUGGUGUGGGGGCAGUAUUGGACUAUAGUGUUGAAGAGGACUUGACACAAGAGGAGGCAGAGAAGAAGGAAAUGGAUUCAUGUGUUUCUGAAGCAGAGAAAGAGAGUCCAGAUUCUGAUCACCGUGAGAAGAAGUACAAAGCCCAUCGUCAGUUCGGGGACAGGCGUGGAGGGGUUAUUAGUGCUCGUACCUACUUCUAUGCAGAUGAGUCCAAGUGUGACAAGCAAAUGGAGACAUUCAUAAACUGUAUUAAGGCAUCUGGGGGAGCCUCCGCAGAUGGAUUUUCUGCCAUCAAACUGACUGCUCUCGGGCGCCCACAGUUCCUUCUCCAGUUCUCAGAAGUCCUGGUUAAAUGGAGACGGUUUUUUAACUUCCUGGCGGCACAACAGGGAAAGUCUGAAAUGAUGGUUUUGGAACAAAAACUUGAGCUGGGACAACUCAAGGAAAGUUUGAUUAAGCUGGGUGUUGGAACUAAGGAUGACAUUGAGAAAUGGUUUACUGGAAAGAAGCUGGGUUUGCCAGGAACGAUAGAUCUGCUGGACUGGAACGGUUUGAUAAACGAUAAAACAAAAAUCUCCAAUCUGCUCAUGGUGCCAAACCUUGAGGUGGGCCAGCUGGAACCCUUGUUGAACAAGUUUACAGAGGAGGAGGAGAGUCAGAUGAAGAGAAUGCUCCAGAGAAUGGACGUUCUGGCCAAGCAUGCCAUGGAGAAUGGGGUCAGGCUAAUGGUAGACGCCGAGCAGACAUACUUCCAACCGGCUAUUAGUCGACUGACCCUUGAAAUGCAGAGGAAAUUCAACAGAGACAAGCCAAUCAUUUUCAACACUUAUCAAUGUUACCUCAAGGAAGCCUAUGGCAAUGUAAUUGUGGACGUUGAGGUGUCACGACGGGAAGGCUGGUACUUUGGUGCCAAAUUGGUUCGUGGAGCCUACAUGUACCAAGAGAGAGACAGGGCCAAAGAGAUUGGCUACGAAGACCCGAUAAACCCGGACUAUGAGGCCACUAACAGGAUGUAUCAUAAGUGUUUGGAGUAUUUGCUGGAGGAGAUCAAACACAGCAGGAAACCAAAUAUCAUGGUUGCAACUCACAAUGAGGACACAGUAAAAUUUACCCUUGAAAAGAUGAAUGCCAUGGGCCUCUCACCCACUGAGAAUAAGGUUUACUUUGGACAGCUGCUUGGAAUGUGUGAUCAGAUCAGCUUCCCGCUAGGUCAAGCAGGUUUUCCAGUCUACAAGUACGUUCCGUAUGGCCCGGUCAACGAAGUCAUUCCUUAUCUUUCUCGUCGUGCUCAAGAGAACCGUGGAUUCAUGAAGGGAUCCCAGAGAGAGCGCAGCCUGCUGUGGAAGGAGCUGAAGCGCAGGUUGCUGGGUGGUCAGAUUUUCUACACACCUGUGUACUGAGUCACAGAACCAUAACAUACUAACUGCAGCGGUAAGCAUUCCACACAGGGAGAUGAAGGUCCUUUUUUGGCUUGUAAGGCUACGCAGUAUGGGCAACCGUUUUGCAGUUUUUCAGAACGGACAAACCAAACACUGACUCUAGAGAGUUUCGCAGCCACUGUAUGUGCUCCUACAUGUUUGCAAGACAAUGGGAAGGUGAGGCGAGGGGUAUUUAGCCAUCUGCAACCUCACCACUAGAUGCCAAGAUAUCCUACACACUGGUCCUUUAAGUGUAGAAUGGUUUAUGAGUUAUCAAGAUUUAUUUUGCUUUUAGCAAUAUAUUUAAUAAAGCAGUGUCUAAAGCAUUGCCAUAAUAAUACAGAGAUACAUGUGCUUCUCCUUUAAGAAAUGAUGAUUUAUAUUUAUCUCUAAAUCGGAAUAUGUUUAUUUAACACAAAAAUAGGCCAUGGUAAUCAUCAGUGUCCACUCAACAAAAAAACACUUCAGCAAAAAAAGGCUGCAAAAAGUAUAUUGUGAAUACGUUUACCAAAGUUGUCUUACUUGUAUAUUUGUAUGUCCUGUGCUUUUUGUAAAGUUAAAAUACAAUAUGUUUUGGUCAACGUUAAGGCCAUCUCCCUGUCACUCAAAAGUGCCUUAUGAUUACGAAGAUUAACAGGAAGUAGUCAGCAAUUGCACAUUGUUUUGUUUUUACUGCACACUCCUCCUAGGGCAUUUUAAAUUGUUUUAGCAUGUUAUUAAUCUACUGCAAUGAAGACGAACAGAAAAAAAUGGAACUGUUAGGAUUAAAUACUGCCUUUGAAUGUGUUUUUAAAUUGAAAUGUUUUUUUUUUUAGAACUGGAAAUACUGGGAUAUAGAAACUAAAAAUCAUAGUUCAUCCUUUUUAAAGUUAAACAAAAUGUGCAUAGUAUUUUUGGAGACACAGUAAACAUUAAUAGUGCAAUGCGGUUACUGUUUUGAAAACAAUUUUCUUUUCAAAGCAUUUCCAAUGCACAACAGUAGUGUUGCCAUGAUAAUUUGAUAUAGAGUCAUAAAUGCAUAGUCAUUUAAAGCUAGGUUAGGUAAUUUAUUGAAUUUGUUUGUUGAAUUGGUUGAAAAUAAAAAUCAAAUGCUCUAACAGAAAAAAGAACGACUGAAUGAAAUGGUUGUCCAGCCUACCUGCCUGCAUACCUGUGUGCAAUACUGCCUGCAUGCUCACUGCACAUGCAAAUAUGUUUUGGGUGAGUGGCUUUGUGGCUUUGGAGGGAGGCCAGAAGGGAGCAGAUGCCUACCCUAGAUUUAAGUACAUUUAGUUCCAGUAUCAGUGGCAUAAUUUUAACAAUACACAACGGAUUGGGUUGCCUCCUUGGAAUGAACCGCAGUGUAUUAUAAAGUCUGUUAACCUAGUAACGCAGGCAUAUUUUGAGUAAAAAAAUGGGUUUUAUUUGUGUGCUGUUCCUUUGAUGUUUUUUUUCCCCCAUAAUUUUGUAUUUGGUAUAAAUCAUAUUUUGUACAAUUGUAAAAUGUAUUAUACUGUGAUUGAACAUAAUAAAAUAGGCUACAGUUAAUGUAAAAAGAAA